UCUCCCAGCUCCCACAACCAGCCUGGGUCUGCCUUCUCCCAGCUCCCACAACCAGCCUGGGUCUGCCUUCUCCCCAGCACGAGUUGCCUCCUGCAGAAAGCCAAGAGAAGCCCAGGGCUGACACAAAGAGCAAGCCCAAGCACCAGGAGAAACUUCCUACAGCAGUUCUCCUGCAGCAUCUGCUACCUGCUUUCACUGCACAAACUUGUUCCAAGCCAGGGUGGGGUGGGAACUCCACGAUUAAUUACAUCAAACAAGACUAUAAAAGACAAUGAGGAGUAAAUUGAGUUGCUUUAUCUUCUUGCAACAAGCACCAUGAAGAUGGUUGGAAGAGUUGAGAGAGAUGACUGGUUUGCUAGAUAAGCCAUUUCACAACAGCAGUAGUACCUUCACUCUACUCGGUGCUUGCACCAAGUUUCUUCUGUCAAAGCUAUCUUAUCUGGUCCCCUGCACCACCCCAAAAUAUCACAUUUCUGCUCUGAGGGGCGUCAAAGUGACAACAGACAGCAAAAGGACAGCAAUAAAGAAAAGAGGGGGGGAAAAAAUAGAUCCCAUUCUAAAAGGAUCUAACACCUCGGUGUUAGAGGGGGAAAAAAAAAAGCUCAACAUCUGUUCUGAAGAUAGCACAGAUUUCUUCCGAGGCAUCUGUCUUUCAGCUGUAAAGUAGGUCAUUUGGUUUAACUUUUAGACACCCUCUCGAUGAAGCCAUCCAGAGAAAAAGAGACCAGACCAGCUCCCCGGUUCAGCUGCGACCCAUUAUGCGCAUCCAAGCCGCCGGCGAAGCAUCAAGUGCUCAGCAGAUCCGAGGGAGAAGCCUGCCAGCGGAACGUGGGAAGUAUUGGCCACGGCUUGAAUAGAGACAAAGCCUGACCGUGCCAGGUUAAACGGAGGUCACACUAAGAGAGGACAGUGUGGUCUUUGCACCCAGCAGCCUCAUAAUGGCAUCGGCAUCCCAUCCAAAGAGCCACGGGGCUGGAGGAGCCCUGGACCAUCGCAGAGAAGGAUGCUCUCCAAAAGGCUCCUCUCUGCCAGCACUAACUUUUCAUGGCAAUGAGUUUAUUCUGGUGCAUCGGCAGCUCCAGACCGUGUCCGUGCGGGAACGACCAGCGGCAGAACUAACGACAAGAUACAUCUCUGGGUAACGGGAAACGGAGCGGGGAAGGCACCGGGGUGGAGGGGGAAGACGGACAACACCGGGGACUCCAACGGCAUUCCUGAUGCCCUCCGGGCAGCACCCUGGUACCGCUCCCGGGCAGGUUCCUCGGGGGGGACGGCGGCGGCAGUGCCGGUACCACCGAGCAUUACCCGCGGUCUGCAGCCCCCGGUGCCAGCCGUCUGCAGCGACCGCGGGGAGACGAACCCAAAUCCUCUCCCUGCGCCCUCCCACCGGCAGCACGGUGGUGACAGGGAUGCCCGGGAGAACCCGAGCGCCGGCCGUGGGGAUGUCCCGUACUCCCCAGGGAUGUCUCGUACCCUCGGGAGAUGCCCCCGCACCUCCGGGAGAUGCCCGCGGGCAGGAGCCUCUCGCCAGCCCCAACCACUCACCAGCCCUCGCCGCUCCGGUGCCGCCCGUCUCCUCGGGUGCCGGCUCACGGCGGGGGAAUCCAGCCGGCUCCCGACACCAUGGAGAUCCAGGGCCGGGCUCCCGUUACUCCUCCGCCUGCCUCGGUUCAGCUCCGCCGGCCCCUCAUCCCUGCGCAGCCCGAGUACGGCGGCGAGCCCCGGCUCCCCUCCGCCUUCCCCGGCAUCCGCCCGCCGCCGAGCCCGGGCGCGCUCCCGGUUCCCCGCCGAGCCCCGAGCCCGGGCGCGUUCCCGGCUCCGCUCCCCGCCCCCGCGCCACCCCCGCUCGUCGCCGUUAACCCUUCGCCAGCCUCGGCGCCGGGCAGCGGGGAUAACGGUGCGGCGGGGAACCGAGCUACCGCAUCCUCCCUCCCCCGCCGCCGAAACAAAGCCCGGAGCGGGGCUGGCUCACCCCGCACGGCUCCGCGCUCCCAGCACCGGCACACCUGGAGCGCAAUCAAGCUGCUCCCACAUGGCUCGGCGAUGCUGGAGUCGCUUCGGGUGGAAAAGACCCUUAAGACCAUCAAGAGCAGCCAUCAACCCACAACCACCACGGCCGUUCAGCCGAGCCCCUCGGCACCACAUCUCUGCCUCUUAAACAUCUCCAGCGAUGAUGACUCCACCACCACCUCCCUGGGCGGCCUGUUCCAAUGCGCCAGCCGUAAGGCAGGGGACAGGCUUCCGAGGAGCAUCGGCAGUCGGCAGCGCUGCUGCCAGCGGCUGACAGCUCCUAGCUGCUCGCAUCAGCUCUUACCCGUGCAAUACGCAGCAGAGCUAAUAAUUAUUCAGCGCUAA